AUGGGCACCUUUCCCAGUAAAUACCGUCAGGGAUCCAGCCCACAUGCCGUCCCAUUGGACCAUGCUGAGUUCUCAGAGCACCUCACAAUGGAUAGGAAUAAGUAUGUAGUGGUGGCAUUGUAUGACUACCCUGCUGGGUGUCCUGCAGACUGCAGUAUUAGAGUGGGAGAGCGAUUGACCAUACUGACAGAUGAAGGAGAGUGGUGUAGAGUAAGGUCCUCUGCCACAGGCAAAGAGAGCUACAUCCCCAGCAAUUACACCGCCAAACUAUUCCACAGGUGGCAGUUUGAGGGCCUUAGCAGACAGAAGGCAGAGGAACUGCUGAUGCUCCCCUACAACGAACCCGGUUCCUUCCUUAUCCGUGAAAGCCAAACUCAUCCUGGUGCCCACACUCUGUCUGUGCGUAAGAACAGUUCAGAUGAACGCAGAACAGUCAAACACUACCGCAUUUACCGUCUGGACAAUGGCUGGCACUACAUCUCUCCCCGCCUCACAUUCCAAACCCUCUUCCACCUGGUCGAGCACUACUCAGAAGUGGAAGAUGGGCUGUGCUGUUUGUUGAGAGAGCCUUGCUACAUUCAGGGUUCCAACAACGUUCCUGUGGUAAGCGGACCUCCCCCCAAGGCAAUUAGGAAGCCCACCCUUAACUGGAAAGAUGUAAACAGUUCCAUGAUCUUUGGGAAAACUAAAGAGGGUGCGGAGGAUUCACUGGUGAGUGAAGGACUGAAGGAGGCCAUUAACUCCUACCUGUACAUGACCGAGGCCUGUGGGGAAUGUAGUGUAAACUGGGACACAUGA